GAUAGCGCUAGUUCAUUCGGAGACUGGAAGCCGCUGCUUUAAGAGAUUGUCUGUCCCAGCUCAUUACAGUCAUUAGUGCACGACAGUUUAAGUUCAGCUCGCUUCCUAAAUUGUUUGUUAGCUUCAGGUGAGGUUGUGUGGGCGCGCGCCGCCCGCCCGCCGAUUUCUACAGUAGAAGACAGGCAACGACGCCGCUCGCACGAAUCGCACCGCCGCAAAAGCGCAACGAACGACUUCAAAAUGUCCACAGGACCGAAGAUAGUCCACAAACAGUUCAACUCACCCAUGGGGUUGUACUCGAAGCAGAACAUCCAGGAGACUCUGAACAAGCACCUGCAUAACCUUGACAAUGGAACUGUUGGAAUCGACUUCAACAAUCCAUCCACAGACAAACCAGGGAACCUUGCCAACUCAGCAGUUCUUCGAAUGCUGGAAGAAGAAGAAAGAAGCAGGAAAGGAUACCCAAAGUUAGACCCAACUCAAGUCCAGGCGAUUUUGGAGAACUUGGAACAUACGAAACGCCGAUUUGACGACUUUUGGCCCCCAGGAACUAAGACACCAGCACGUACCUGGAAUGGACAAAUCAACUCCACUUCCUAUCUUUACCCACAGUUAUUGAAGGCUGCCAAAGGCCAAAAGAAAGUAGUGUGGCCACCAACGCCUGAAACCAACGGGUAUCAUAAUCCACAAGAGCAGCAGAGCCCAGGGUACAACAACGCGCAACAUUCGCCGUCGCACCCUCAAUACUCCCCUCAACCACAGUCCCAACCUACUCAGCCUCAAUACCAACAAACCUACUCCCCCCAACAGAACCAAACACCUAAUCAAAACCAAGGCCACUGUGAAGGCCGACGCCAGGAAGUCACAGGUCUGAGUAAACUACUCCCAGUUGGGCCCGGUGUAACAGCGGCCCCGGUUUCUCCUCCUUUCCGCCAGGCUCCUACAGGCCCAUUAUCCCCCUCUGCACAGCCCUACCGUCAGCAGCAAAGCCGUUGGGCACCCGUACCAGCUCCUAUCUCACCCCAGCCCCAGUCGCAGUACUCCCCACAACCACAGUACUCCCCUCAGCCACAUUACACAGAGCCACAGUAUCAGCCUCCUCAAAAACACUUUGAGCCGCCACCAACAACUAUCACUCUUCGUCCGCAACAACCAGUUCAUCAGUCGCCAUCGCCUGUCUUUCCUAGUCAACCUGCCGCAGCGUCUUUCCAAGGAGGCAUCAACAUGAGAGGUGACAUGAAAUGGCCACCACAGUCCGUGAAAGAAGCUGUAGCUGCAGAAAACUUGGCAAGACGGGAGUUGGCCAAAGGCCCGGCCUGCAGACCACGCAAGCUUCGUCAAUAUUCCCUUGCCGAGUUGCUUGCGUUGAACGAGGUCUGAGCGACCACAUUCGGUACAUUCAGGACUUUAUAUUUAUUAGUUAAGAGAGAUUAUACACCGUUCUUCUCGCAGCACGCACUCAAUCACAGCUAUACUAGCUACAGAGUCCCACCCGGCACGCAGCACUAUGAGGAACACUCAGGACGAUCAUCCUAUUAAUAUUAAGACUCCAUAACUGUCAAAGCAUAAAUAAUGCAUUCGAUUGGUUUUAUACCAAAUCAUGUCAUUUCUAUUUGUUUUAAAUUCAUUAAAUCUAAAGUACUUGUGUUGGCUUUACAGUAUAAAGUCCUCGAGCAAGUACCGAAUAUUAUAGGCAUAUUUUAUUUAAUCGUUUAGUAUAAGAUUUAAUUCAUAUAAUUCAUGUCACAUGUUUACGAAUUAAUUGUGUCAAUGUGCGGGCUAAAAGAGAAUGUUUUCGAUACUGCUUAGUAAUGCUUUUUUGUAAAGAUUUUAACAAUUCCAUAUUUUUUUAAACAGCUAAAUGAAACCAAAUAUGUAAUUGGCUAAGCUAGUCACAUUAGAAUCUUUUGUAUAUAAAAUGUUACUAUUUUGUAUUUCAUUGUUACUUAAUAUAAUGAAAUAAAAAUUAAAAAAUCCAA